CCGUGAUCUCGUACUCUCUGUUUCCUGUUGCUCCCUCGGCCUCGCAGGCAAAUUCGACAUACCGUCGUACACGUCUCGAAGCCAUAUCUGAUAACAGGCACAGUCCAUCAAACUCGAUUUGUUGCGAAAGCUUGUCGACAGUCGUCUCCCGUAUCAAUCAUCAGGUCGCCAAGAAACACCAUAUUCCCCCAGGUUGUCAGACGACGAUAGAAUAGGCUGCAGCAAGUGAGUUGCGUGCUCCCCAAGCACCUUCGUCUUGGCGCUCUCUCUCGUCUAUUCCACUCUGCCCCCGAGGCAGUGCGCAUUCAUUCGACAAGACCAAACAUCAUUUUCAUCUUCUAUCAUGUCCAACCCGGCAACAACACUCGCGCCGUCCCCAGUCGCCGGUCCACGCUUGUCCACCGAACGCUCCAAAGAGGAACUCGAACUUGCCGAACGAUUGAUCGAGCACUCACAAGGCAUCCAACAUGCUCCACCGAUAGCCGACCGCCGAACUACACCAUCAACAGCCGACGAAGGCAGCAGAAGUGGUGGAGAUGUCGAGCGGUUGUCUGAUGAUGGAGGCAGUGAGACGAGUCUCUCGGCGCAACAACAGCAGCUCACUCCGCAACAUUCACAUCAUCAGCAACAACAAAACCUGCAACUCCCGUCCAUCCACGAACUCACAUGGGUCAAACAGAGGAAACCAUUCAAUACAGGCAUGGGCGGAGCAGGUCAAGUCUGCAGCAACUGCGGUACAACGAGAACACCACUAUGGAGACGCUCACCAGCAGGCGACACGAUUUGCAACGCUUGCGGACUCUACCUCAAGGCCCGAAACCAGAUGCGCCCUGUCAACCUAAAACGAGGAGCCCAAGCACCGGCAGCCGGCCAGCAACAGCAGCAGCAAGAUCAGCAGACGACGGCAUCAGGAAAUAGAAAGAGCUCAUCGCCAUCGGCCAAACAGCUUGGAGGAGCAACAUACGUCGCCGACACAACAUCGAACGGCACAUGCCCCGGCGGAGGUCGCUGCAACGGCACUGGAGGCCACGAUGGCUGCAACGGAUGCCCAGCAUACAACAACCGCGUCAGCAAGACUGCGCAGAUUGCUCUGGCGCAAGCAAACGACAGCCGCGCACAAGGCCAGCCUCAAGGUCAACACGCUGCCAGCCGGAGCCCGUAUCCGCACGCUCAACACAGCCCCGGGCCAAGCCAAGUGCCGGCGGCCAGCGUCACGGUCGCCUGUCAGAAUUGUGGUACGACAAUUACGCCAUUGUGGAGACGCGACGACAACGGACACACCAUCUGCAAUGCCUGCGGUCUCUACUACAAGCUUCACGGUGUACACCGCCCCUCAGGCAUGAAGAAGUCGGAAAUCAAGCGUCGUCGCAGAGUCAUGCCUGCUACCAACGACCAGCAUCUUGCUCCCUUCUCUGUCAACAACACGCAACCCAUCUCGCCUCCCCCCGAACCCGCUCCCCCCGUGCAAAGAUCUGUACCGCCAUUCUACCCUCAGCCGCAGCAGCAACACCAACACCCCGAACACUCUCACCCUCACCACCUUCCUCUGCCUGCUUCACUCGAGCCUGUUCGCAUUUCCCGCGCCCCAAUCGCUGUCGAUUUUACGCAUUUCGGCAAGCCAUUGCGCCCGACAUCGGCCCAGCAGCCCGCUUUUGCCCAAGCUUCAAAUCCGCCAGUCUCGCGCAAGCGUUCAUUCUCCAUCAGCAACGCCUCAGAUCAGGCGCGCCAACCUCCUUCUCCCGCAUACCCUCAUAGCGACCGCAGCGAUAGAAGCGAAGCCGAAAACAUAGAUCCUUCGCUUUCUUCAGCACCGCCCGCACCUGGUUCCAGUACUUCAGCGCAAGACUACAAAGCUCCUCUGGCUGUCAUGGGCGCGGGUGAAUUCCUGACACCAUCGCGACAGGAAAAAAGAGCAAGGCUGGAACAAGAAAUGGCAAUGAUGAGAGAAGCGCUCCUGGCCAAAGAAAGAGAAAUGGCCGAGUUGAGCGAAUAAUCCAUUUCACGACAUUCACGAUUCCCUUUUGAAUAAUUUUCCUUUUCUGCAUUGCUCUGGUUGUUCGGUGGCUUCUUUUAUGAUAUCUGGCUGUGUUUUCAGCGCAGUGGUGGCAUGCUUGGAGGAUAACCUAGGCUCAAUUCUGCUUUGUUUCAACUUCUGAGGGAGUUGACGGUGGUGCGAGACGUUCGCAUUCGCAGGUGCAUGUGCAUACAGGACUGGUAGUUACAGUACAAACUUAUCAUAGCAAGAUGUUGAAGUAUCCUGCAGAUCAGCGGUACCUGCAUACAAAUGAAGCCUGUCAUGAAGAUCAUAUUGCACAUGAACCACUUUCUGCGAUGUAGAUUUUCGGAAGAUAAGAUG